GGCGUGCAACCUGUUCAUAAGCAUUCAACUCUCAUACAAGCACAAUUAAAUGAGUCGUCCAUUUCAUUGAAGGAUACUAUUGAUGGAAGUGCUAAAUCAUUGAGUGAUGAAUCUUCUAAACCUUUGGCAACGGAAGAAUCAAUCUCUGAGUUCAUUACUCAAGUUUCAAGCCUUAUCAAGCUUGUCGAUUCAAGAGACAUUGUCGAGUUACAAUUGAAACAGCUCGACUGCGAAGUGACGAUCCGUAAAAAAGAGGCCUUACCUCAAGCACCACCUCCUGCUGCUGUUCCUAUGAUGUAUGCGUCCCCGCCCUCGCCCUCGCCCUCGGUAGCACCAUCAGCUCCUGGUCCUGCUGCACUACCAGCACCUGCUUCUCCAGUUUCAAGCCUACCAUCUUCACCUCCUGCUGCCAAGUCAACCAGUUCGUCUCUUCCACCUCUCAAAUGCCCUAUGGCGGGCACGUUCUACCGUAGUCCCGGGCCUGGAGAACCACCGUUUGUUAAGGUUGGAGAUAAAGUACAGAAGGGACAAAUCUUAUGCAUCAUUGAGGCUAUGAAAUUAAUGAACGAAAUAGAGGCCGAUCAAUCAGGGACCAUAGUCGAGGUUAUUGCAGAGGACGGGAAGCCUGUUAGUGUCGACACGCCUUUGUUUCGCAUUCAACCUUAGAUGAAUCCUGUUUCGUUUAACACGAGUCGAGUUAAGCUGAGUUCAGGAGGCAAAUUGAGUUUCCAAGCAAGUUCAGGUUGUGGAUUAGUUAUGGUAAUGUCUUCUUUUCUCUUUAAUUGAGUGUAAUCAGAGAGAGAUUGUGUUCAUAAAUGACAAUUCCUUUUCCAGUUUAACUUUGGUUGUGAAAUCAGAUAUAUAUAUAUAUAUAUAUAUAUUUAACCCUUUGCUAA